CGUGGAUUGUGAUAGCAAGUAUGGUGAUGGAGACAGUGACAGGUCUUGGCCCUCUCUUACUUAAUCCACUGUCCUUCCUGCCACAUCUAUUGAUCAGUGAGAAACAGCAGGACGAGAUGUAUGUGAGAAUCAAUGUUUCUUGGUCAUACGUAAACCUCACCAAGGACUAAAGUCUAUAGAAAUGUGAGAUAAACAAAGAGACUGAGGAACACAGUGAAUCGGACAGUCCACAGUGCAUAACUUGAUCUCAAGAUAAUUCUGAUUACUAAUUAAAAUUAUCUUCAAUACUUUUCACUUUCAACUUUAUUUAUUUUUAAUGUAAGUUGAAACAGAGAGAAACAACAUAUACUCUUGAAUUAUGAAACACUACCCUGAGUUAACUGUUGUGUAGCGUUUCUCAAGUUCUCAUUCGUUGACAUAACCCGGAUAUUAAGGCAGGUGAUGAAACCCAACCAUUAGAGCAAAUUUAUUAUUCUCUACUGAGAAAACUUUUACGGGCUAACCUGCCAUGUCGAAAGUGACCAAGCCACCCACAGUGACAGUGGUGGUGAGGAACCUGCCGGUGAGUACGACGGAGGCUCAGCUGCGGUCCCUCUGUGAAAACUUCGGAGGCAUUGUCGAGGUUGAGAUCCCCAGACGAACGGAAGUGUUCGUCAAAUUUAUCUUUGGAUUUGUAAGGUUUGUAAGCCUGGAUGCCGCCCUGAAUGCUGUGAUGAAGUUAAAUGGACUUGUGGUACAGCAACGCAGGAUCAACGCUGAGGUGGCCCGCAGUCAUUGGCGCAACACCAACAAGCAGACAGUGAUGCAUGAAGGCUUCGAUGGUGAUGACAGUAAGGACGAAGAGACGAAUUCCAGCCUGUCAAUGGACGACAUCAACACCACCAUCAUACAGAUCUGUCACCGACAGUGGCAACAGCACCGACGUAGACACCGAGACACAGACUUGCCUUCUUUUGGCAGAAUCAUGGGGAUGUUGGCUAAGCUUCCCACCAGUGAGGAUGAGGAAAGUGAGACUGAGGUUGAGUCGUGACCAUCAUUUGAGCGUACAUACUUACUGUUACGUGAACUGUAUUUAGACGAAAAUUAAGAUUGAAACUAAUACAGUCGGUCACCUGAAGAUUAGUCCCAACUUAUUUCACCCUACCGCCAUGACGCUAACAUAACCCAACCUAACCAAAUCAAAUCUACCUUAACCUAACCCCCAUCAAGGUAACGUUGGGGUGCUUAAUCAUGAUGUGAAAUAAGCUGGGAGGCUGAUCUUCGGGUGAUAAGUUAUAGUAAUUCAGUAAUGAUGUUGAAAGAUAAUUAAUAAUUGUAAUAGCAGUAACAGACAUUAAAAUGCGGGUUGUGUAUGGUAGGUUAUUGAGGGUUUUUAUUGACAAUGUAAAAUAAAUACAUAAUAAAAUAGAUUAAUUUUUUUGUGACUUAAAUUUAAUGUUUAGAAAAUUAUGUCAUAGACAGUGUGUAGACUGUAGACUGUCUAUCCAAUAAAGCGAUGAUACACACCUCAAA